AUGGAGUAUUUACGAAAGCUAGACGACGCGGCCUUCGCGACUCAAGAGAUGGACCUGGUUCUGGAGCUGGAGUCGCGAGUCGAGCAGUUAGAGAGCGCAAAUAAGGAGCAGGAGAAGGAGAUAUCCUCUCUAAGAACACAGCUCUCUAUGACAGAGGAGAGUCUCCAACGCGAAAAGGAGGCGUCAGUACGUCUCUUGCAGCUGCUGCAGCAAGAGCGCGAGGCGCGAUCGGCCAUGGCGGCGGUGAGGGAGGAGGACCGGGUACUAUCGGAUGCGGAUAUGGCGGCGCUGAUGCAAAAGAACAAAGAGCUUGAGGACGUUCUCCGGAGAUUAGAGGAAGAUGUGGAGGCGAUUUCGCAGGAGAAAGAAUCCCUGAUGAAAGACAGAGACGGCAUGGCGGUGGAAUCCAGCUCGUUGUGCGAGCGGUUGGAGGAGGCGGAGGCGGCGAGCGAGAUGCUGAAGCGGGAGAACGAGAACCUCGAGGCUGAGCUGGUGGCUGCGCGCAAAUCCCGAGACACGUACUGGAACCACAGCAUCGCAUUGUACCAAGAAAAGACAAGGCUGGAGGAGCAGCUCGCGAUGAUGAAUAAAAUCACCAGCACCAUGUCGGGUUCGACUGCCAGGCAAAGGGCGGCAGCGCGCCACUCUUUAGCGGACCCGUUUGAGUUACCAGUUGACUACUCCUACCAGGACGUGCCGUCUACAGCAAACCACCAGUUCCCAGGGCCCCUGGGCGGCCUAUGCUUGUCCCCAUCCCGGGCUGAUAAUCCGUCGGUGAGAAGCUUGAAUGGGCGGGAAGGCAUCUCUGGGAGUAGGAUUCCUGGGGCAGGCACGGGAGCAAUCGCUGCCGCAGCAGCCACAGCAGCACGGCGGCAGUCGGAAGCUCCUGGUGGGUUCGGUCAUUCCUCCGGCAGGCAGCAGCAGUCGCCACUGCGGCAGAGGGAGUCGUUCUAUCAGGUUAACCCUUCUGCAACAGGAGGAGCUGGAGGCUCGGGGGGAGGCGGGGGAGGGGGAAGAACCGGAAGCGGGGGAGGAGGGGGAGGGGGAGGGGGAGGCGGAGGUGGGGGAGGCGGAGGCGGAGGCGGAGGGGGAGGGGGGAGGAGCAGAGCAGGUGGGCUGGACGGGAGUGGUGAGUACAUGGAUGAAAACUGCAAGUCUGGAGUAUCGUGGGGGAGUGGGGGGAAUGACGUGGGGGAGUCAGGAGGGGAGGAGUCCGUGGGGAGUACGAGUAUGAUUCCGCGGUACAGUGGCAGCAGUAGGCUGCCUGUCCCUGGUGCAGUGAACGGUUGCCGUGCUGGGAGUGGGGGCAAGGUUUGGCGGUAG